AUGUACAGACACACAGCUGCUAGAACCUCCGUUGUGGUCGGUGGCACCUUGAGUGGAUGCCGUAGUUUUGCCACUAACUCUAUGAGAUUGGCUCCUAAAUCUCCUAUGCAGGUUUUCGUUGACACAUUUAGAAAAGAAUGGAAGAAAAGUACAGAGUUAACAGAUCAAAUCAAGCAAUUGAAAAGUGCGACUGAUGAGCUAGGUGAUUCAGAAGCCUUCAAGAGGGCCAAGGAAGCAUAUGACGCUGCCCAAAAGGGCAAGGGUAAAUUGGGUGAAGGUGUUCAGAAAACGGCGAAGGUUGUUGGUGAUGUUGCGUACAAGGCUUGGGAAUCACCAGUAGGUCAGGCUGUUAAGAAGACUGCAGAAACUACAGCAAAUGUAGUCGAUGCAGUUGUCGAACCGGUCACUAAAACCAAGGCUUAUAAAGAGGUUUCCGAAGUUUUCGGUGAAGGGUCAUCGUCUUAUGGUUUAUACGAAAGUAAAGAAGAAAGAGCAAAAAGAAGGGAAAAGGAGCUACAAAAUAAACCAAAAUUAGUCAAGAAGAACGAGGAGGCCGGUAAUGCAUUGGUUGCUACCGAUAUCAAGCCAACCUCCAAUUUCAAGGAAAAACUGAAAAUCAAGCCAGAAUCAACUAUUGGUAAACUGUUGCUUAUUCUGAGAGAAAAAUGGGAGGAAGCUGAAAAUCCUCUGUUGGUCCUUAUUAGAACCAUUUUCAACAAGAUUGGUGGGCUCUUUAGAGAAACUGAAGCUGCCAAGGUUGUCAAGCAGUUCAAGGAAUUUGACCCAGCAUUUACUUCCAUUGAAUUCCAAAAGCAAUUAAGAGAAUAUAUUGUCCCUGAAGUUGUUGAGGCAUAUAUUCAAGGCGAUGAGGCUGUUCUCAAGAACUGGUUUUCAGAAGCUCCUUUUAAUAUUUAUGCAGCAAAGCAAAAACAAUUGAGGGACCAAGGCAUUUUCUCCGACGGUAGAAUUUUAGAUAUUAGAGGUGUUGACAUUGCUUCCUAUAAAAUGUUAGAACCAAAUAACAUUCCGGUCAUGGUCAUCGGUGCAAGGGUUCAAGAGAUUAAUUUAUUUAGAAAGGCCAAGACAGGUGAAUUAGUUGCAGGUAGUGAUGAAGAUAUUUUAAUGUCAAGUUAUGCAAUGGUCAUCACCAGAGUUCCUGAAGAAAUGGACAAUCCUGAAACUGAGGGCUGGAAGGUUUUAGAGUUUGUAAGAGGUGGCUCUAGAGCAUACACUUAG